GGGAGAAGUCAUUGCAAUGGACAAAAUAGCAAGCAAGGUAGCGAAGGUCCGUCAGAAGGCCGAGAUUUGGAAGCUGCAGUGCAUUAAAGCGUUUUGCUUUGACGGGACCAAAGCCGUCUCACGUGAUCACACUGCGCUCGUCACAGAUGAGCCACCAUUCCCACCGGAGUCCUUCGACAAGAUCCUGCUGGAUGCGCCGUGCAGUGGACUUGGUCAGCGGCCCAGUAUGGCGUGUUUGUGGACGCUGAGAGAAGUGACGUCUUAUCAGCCAUUGCAGCGUAAACUGUUCAGUGUGGCCGUGGAGUUGCUCAGGCCAGGAGGGACUUUGGUGUACAGCACCUGCAGCGUCACCCUUGCUGAAAAUGAGGAGCAGGUGGCUUGGGCCCUGCGGACUUUCCCACAUCUCAGACUGCAGCCACAGGACCCCCAUCUUGGAGCCGGAGGUAUGCCUGGAGCAGGAUUGUCCGAGGAGCACCUCAAGCUGCUCCAGAGAUUCAGUCCAAUGUGCUGUGCCAAGGAAACAAACUCCAUUACAGGUGACGCCAUUUUGACAUCUGAUUUGGUGAACUUGGCCAACAAGGACACGAUGGGCUUCUUCAUUGCUAAAUUUAAGAAGCUGUAAGGCACUCCAUGGCCGAGCACAUACAGGUGGUCUUCACUGUCCUAACAUACAAGUGACGCGGUGACGAGAGCACCACUAGGCUUAGCAACACACCGAUGGGCGACUGACUGCGUAAUCAGAGAGAGGCACAGGUAAGAAGUCUUUGACAAUACGUAAUCAAGAUUAUGUGCCCCCGUAAGACCACCGGCCUGAUGAUACCUUCAUGAUCCAUUGAGCCUGUACCUUGUGUGUUUUAAUAAAAUUCAUUUGAAUUGCUUGUCA